AUGUCAGGUCUGCUAGCCGCCGCAGCAGUCCUCUGCUAUGCGCUGUACCGGUUCCUGAAUUGGUUCCUCACGCCUAUCCACGCCGCUCGGGCGCGCGCAGCCCUCGAAGCGGAAGACAGGCGCGCGCGCGAGACGUGGCUCGCCGCGAGCACAAGCGACGCCGUCCACCUCUCCGUCGUCAUCCCCGCCUACAACGAGCGGGAGCGGCUGCCGGUCAUGCUGCGGGAGGCCGCGGCCUACCUGUCGGCGCAGUCCUUCGCCUUCGAGGUGCUCGUCGUCGACGACGGCUCGUCCGACGGCACGGCCGGCGUCGCCGAGGCGCUCGGCCGCGAGCUCUUCCCCGGCGGCGAGCUGCGCGCCGUCGUGCUGGCGCGGAACCGGGGCAAGGGCGGCGCCGUGCGCGAGGGCGCGCUGCGGUCCCGCGGCGCCUGGGUGCUCGUCGCGGACGCGGACGGCGCGACGCGAUUCUCGGACCACGCGCGGUUGGAGCGGGCGGCGAUGGACGAGAGCGCGGGCGUCGCCUGCGGGAGCCGGGCCCACAUGGUCGGCACGGACGCCGUCGCGAAGCGGUCCGCGCUCCGGAAUCUACUGAUGCGCUGCUUCCACGUCGUCGUGACCGUCGUCGGCGGCGUCGCGGGCGUCGAGGACACGCAGUGCGGCUUCAAGCUCCUCUCGAAGCGCGCGUCGGCGGCGAUCUUCGGGGCGCUCCACAUCGAGCGCUGGGCCUUCGACGUCGAGCUUCUGUACAUCGCGAAGCGCCUCGGCUUCCCCAUCGCCGAGGUCGCGGUGACGUGGCACGAGGUCGCCGGGUCGAAGAUCGACAUCGCCGCCGACUCGAUCCAGAUGGCCCGCGACAUCGCCUGCGUCCGCCUCGCCUACCUCGCGGGGGUCUGGACGCUCCCGGACGAAUUUUAA